UUCCGCGGACCUUGUAGACUGAGAACCAGGGAAAAAAGUUUGAUGAACAUUCAACAUCGGUGAAGAGCAAAAACAUGGCCUUUUGUGUGUUGCUUAGUUACGAAGCCAUGUUGAAAAGAAUGUCGUUUUUGCUCGUGGUGUAUUAUUGCGGGACGUUUGAAUCAUUUUGCUAUGGCGAAACAAAAGCUUCAUCCCUCACCGCCAGUCUUCGUAUGUUCGCCAGACAGCCGGCAGCUGCCUCUUGCAAGUCCGGGUCGUCUGAACCAACCAUUUCUAGAAGUAGCUGAAGAAUAUCGUAAAGAGUAAAUGAGGAUAUUGUUGGGAAUACAUGGGGAUAGCGUGAAGAGUAAAUGAGGAUAUUGUUGGGAAUAUAUUGGGAUAGCGCGAAGAGUAGCAUAGCACGGGGUAUAACAAACCUUAACUCCGCCAUGUUUGUGAAUGAUGGCACAGUUCGCUGGGUCACGUGAAAGUUGGUACAAAGCUCGUACAGUUGCCUCUUGUAAAGGAAUAUCUUCAAUAUAAAGAUAUUUCACAAUCUUAUAAACAGCUCCUGAGACUACUGUUGCAGAUGGCCUUCGCAACGUUAAUUGAGAUGUCUCUAUUUGGAUGUCCCAGCAUGCCUAUCAAUCCCUCGCAACCAUGGCAACGGUACAGCUCGAAACAUCCUUCGGGAACUCGUACCAGUUCUCCAAUGGCACCUAUGGCAUGGGCUUGGACCUACAGGGAAGAUAUUUGGAGAAAUUUGAGAUUAAGGUCUUGUACAGAAAGAGUCAUCUGUCGUAUUGGUUAUGUUUACCUCUUCGGUCCAUUCAUCAGGAUAUUGUGGGUGAAUGUACUUCAAUAACAUUUCCAUCAUGUCAAGAUGAAGAAAUCUGGAAACAAAGUUCAUUAUGAUAAUGUUGGUGUGGUAAAAUAAAGAGCGUACAGAGGAAUGUUGUUGAGAAAUGUUUCAAAAUACAUAAAUACACGCAAAUUACAGUUGGCAGCUAACCUCGUCAGACUUGCUGAGACUGUAUACUAAGAAGCUGUACGAAAUAAUCUAGGAUGCAGGAAUGAAUGGUAACGAAGAGGACAUUAAAUGGCCACUGUUUGGGUUUCAGAGCUGCUGCAAGAACUUUGCCAGGAGGACGUAUUAGAGGAGAAUGCAUUAUCUGCAAUCACAGAGCAGGCUAUUGAAGGGUUAUUUGAUAUUUUAUCAAAGUCAACGUCAGCCAGGAUUGAUGUAGAUCUUGCUCUGCAAUGCCUUGUGAAGAUCGUUCAUAUAUUGCAUUUAAACCCAAACUAUGUCAAAGAGGGAUCUGGUAUUGAUUUACCAACCGUUCUGCUACGGUAUCUCAAACUUUUUGAACAACAAAAUGAUCCAUCAGAUCAAGGGGGUGUCUUUCUGAAGAUACACUUACUGGAUGCAAUAUGUCAGAUGUUAGCUUGCAAAGAUAAGCCAGCACUUCAGGCUGUAUUUCUAGGAUUGAGCUGCUUCAAAACAAUUCUAACAAAUCUCCAAAUUGUCUCCGAUUUUCAACCUCAGGAUGAAAAUGAAAUUGAAAAUUGCAAUCAACUUAUGUACAGUUCUAUCAGAGCACUUCAAACUCUAAUCCAUUUAUCAAGUGCAGCUAAGGAGGUUUUUGAAGCCCUGAAUGGCUACACAGCAACCAAGGAGUGUUUGCUAAAAUGGCAUUCACCAACAAAAGAUGUCAUAUUUGGACUGUUGAAAUGGAUGAUUGGCGAGGAUUUUCAAGAUGGGCAGUUAGAAAUUGAGGAUGAAAACCUCGUACUAAUAUUGAUCGAUUGGCUUCCUUUCAUUCCAGCUGAUUUGCAAAGAUUUCUAUCAGAUAUCUUAAUGAGGACUGUUAUGUAUUCCUCUUACAACCUUAUGCUGUGCUCAAAAACUGGAGUGAUGCCGAGCAUAUUGCAACAUUUGAAGGAACAUGAUCUUCUUGGAACUGAAUCCAGAGAAAAUCUUUUGGUCAUGCUAGAAGUUCUCGGCAGCGUUUCUAUGAAACCAAGCGAUUUCCGAGAAUUGAUGGGGUUGGUGAAACCUUCGGAGAAUGAUGAAAAAGUUCCUGGUUUUGAUCGACUGCUGCAAUCACUAAUCAAGAUCUCAACGCAUGGAGAACAGAUAUCUAAACCACUCGCGUAUUUUGAUCUCCGACACAAAACUAGCGGUAUUGGGUUACGUGGUAUAGAGAAAUGGGGUGGAUCUGGGUUCACCUUUCAUGCCUUGAUCUCGCUGAGGUCUUCACGUGAACAAGAUCCUCCAGCGGAGACGAAAUGUGAAGAUAAAGUGGCGUUCUCCUGGCCCUACCGCAGACAGCUGUACAGCUUUCUCUCUGCAAGUGGCACUGGUUUUGAAGCAUUCUUCACACCAAACGGACAUUUGGUUGUUGCGAUUAUAACGAAGAAAGAAUACCUUACAGCGCCUCUUGUGGACGUCGUUCUAGCAGAUGAUCUUUGGCAUUCCGUGUUGAUAAUUCACAAUCAAUCUCGCAAACCUUUGGCUCGAAAAGACCAACUUUCCGUUUACAUCGAUGGCAAUUUAAAGAUGGCUCUGCCUAUUAAACUACCUUCGAUGUCAGAGCCUUUUACUUCGUGUAACAUCGGUUGUGGAGGACCUCAAACGAUCUCUUCUGCGCAUGACGUAACUUCCUCUGCACGUGGACAUUUCUCAAGUCACCUGCCAUCAUUUUUAAAAGGCCAUUUCAAGGAAUCUCAAGUGAACCCCUCGCCUUCGGAAUCCGUGACAAAAUUUCGAACUCACGUGCCUGCUGGGCACCAAGAUGAUUUCUGGGGCGUCCCAGAGUCCAUUCAGGGCCAACUCGGUUCUGUGUGUGUACUCAAUGAAGCCAUCGGUGAACAACAGGGUUAUGUGUUCUACUCUGUGGGUCCCAGCUGUGUCUCGUUGUUCCAACCUCAAGGAUCAAAUGACGAGGAAGAUUACUCGGUGCUAGCAGACCUUUCUAGUAAACUUGUCUUGUAUUAUAAUGCCAAGGCAUGCAGGAGGAGCAAGUGUAUUGAUUUAACACCAGGUCAUUUGGGAAGCAAAAGAAUUGAUGGACGCCUAACAGGAGAAGUACGUUCCAGCUGGGAUAUCAAGAAUGUCAUCAAUAGCAUGGGAGGUAUGGAAGUUUUCUUACCGUUGUUGGAACAAGUCGAGUUCGAUGAAACUAAGUCUUGCCAGGGGGAGACCGUUCAAGACGAUGAAAGGAUUUUGGUCUUGAGCAAUGAGGAGAGGAGUGAGAUCAGAAACGGGAUUGAAAGUGAGAGGCCAAACGAGGAGCAAUGGGUGAUGGUUGACGAUCACGAAGCUCAACCCCAACGCGAUCCUUUGCUUAAAAACCGUCUUUAUGCCGAGGAAGCCGCUCAAGAGAACAACGGUGUCACAAUUAUCUUGAGUUUACUUCAAAACAUCCUCAAGGGUAGCACAUUGCUGCGUGAUUCGUCCCUCAGAUCACGAGAAAUCGCCACCCUUGGUGUCGUACUAGCCAAAAUUGAUGGUCGCCUUAUAGACGUACCUGUUCUUAUGUCAAUUCAGAAACUAGUUGAGACACUGCAACACUCUAACGAAGUUCUAAUGCCUUGUAUAUUCCAGUACAUUUUGUUCAAUUUUUCAAUAUGGUCACGAUGCGACUUUGCGAUCAAGAUUGGUCAUAUUCAAUAUCUCUCGACGUUGAUCAAGGACAACCCAACUUAUUUUAGAACUCGUUUUGGGACGGAAUUUAUAUUAGAUGUUAUAAGGACGUAUUAUCUUACCGAUAGCACUUAUUGCGCAGACGCGCAGGCGAUGGUUGACGAAGGUGGGGCGAAGAUCAUCCGAGGAUCCCUACUUGGAAUGAUAAAUUAUUUUCUCAAACUGAAGGUGACUGGUCAGGAUAUUGCCUCGUUGAUGCAAUUUGUUGCUUCCGUCUCAGAUGGAACGGUCCUAAAGGAGACCUUUGAUUUGCUCGCUGGUCUGUGUAAUGGUCCAACGAAGAUCCCACUCAUGAUGGAAAUCUCCCAUAAGAAACACCUCGCAAUUCUUUUGAUGUUGGUUAAAAACCUGCGUGAACCUCCAUUACGAUGUGGAGCGAUCAAAAUACUUACAAUCAACUUGGGUGAGAGCUCUCUUCCCCAGGCUACCAGAGAUAAUCUUCAGCUUUGCAGUGAAGUGUUCUCUGGCUUGGCAUCGAGUAUACGGAAUACUGAAUCAGAUGGCUUCACUGAAAUUACACUUCUUGAGCUGGGCUUGAGUAGUUCAGUCGAACUAAGAGAUCAGAGGGUGUACGAAGACUAUCGUAUCGUGUUGCCGGUUGUGGGACUCGCACAGAAUAAAAGUACUUCAGUCAAAUUGCAUAUUGCGCAGUCGCUGUUGAAAUCUAUCGAAGUAUCUCAAAUGAGCGCCAAGAGAUGUGCCCAAGAGGUGGCCUGGUAUGAUCCAAUAUGGCGACUACUGCUGAAGCAACGCAAACGGGGAGAUGAUGGUAGUGACGGCAACGAUCUCGUUCAAGACUUACUCGAAACUGUUGUCAAAGUUGUCUUCAAGAUUUUAUGGUUUGGCAUCGAGGGAUACGAUGAUGAAUCGUGGAAGGCUCGUGGUGAGGUGAUUGCGUCCAUCAGCACGAUCAGUUCAGUUGAAGACUUUAUUGUUCCGUCACGUGAGCUGGAGAGGCGCUUACUAGAGUUGUCUUUGGCGCAGGUUUUGGAGGAUAUUGAAAGAUCAGGAGAAACUGGAGUGAAAGAAACCGUGAGUGCUCUGCAAGUUAUCAAGCUGGUGGAUGAUUUCAUUUUUACGUCUGGAAGCAUUGCUGGUUCUGUGGAGAACGAAAGUCUCAGCACUUGGAGUACAAAGCUUGUUGAGACAAUGGUUCGACUACUGGGCCGUCUAAAUGUCUGGAGUGGUGAGAACACGGGCUGGACAGAGAUGGCUGAGAUUGGUGACAAAGUCCUGCUGGAAUUUCUCCUUCAAGACAACCCUGAGUUCUGUGCUUAUUCAUCUUCAAUGAUCUACACUGUCUGGCAAAACAGACUCAUCGAUUGUCAAGAGAAAGUUUGUUUUUUACUUGGCAAAGUUUACGAAGCGUUUAAAAUGUCCAAAAACAAAGAAAGCGACAGCAAGUACACGUUCACCCUGCCGCUUUUUCGUUACAUUCUUCAACAGUACGGUGAUUUAGUUCCACUGACAAUGUACGUUCCUGAUUUUCCAAGUCGAUCUAUUAUGGACAGCGCCGAUUAUGAAGAGCAGUUUCUUCAGUGUAUUGAUAGCGAGGAGUUUGCUGCCUUGAUGAAACAGCAAGUUAUACCAAGCAUGAAAAAAUACCAGGCUUCAUUGGCGAAGUCCUCCAUUGACUCGGGACGCUUCUGGAUGGAAUGUCUGAAUGGUUUGACCAACAGUUUGCAGCUGAGGGAAGCGAAUGAAGAGGAAAGUAAGAAGAAAUUCCAGGAAAUUGUUUUGGAUUUCAAGGAAAUUGAAGAAAAGGCACAAUCUGAUUACAAAAUUCGCAGAAUAGAAGAAAAAGCGCAGUAUGACCGCGUUUUACAACAAUGGCAUUUGACCAAGAGAGAUUUGCAAAGUGAAAUUGGAAUUUGGAAGAAUAGUUCUGUCACAACAAAUGCCUGGAAACUGUCCACAACAGAAAAUUUUUCAAGAAUGCGUUUGAAAUUGACGCCAAAUUAUCACUUCAACCCACAUGUCGAGGCAAGCAGACUGCGCGACACUGGUGAGGCAAAACAGGCUGGGAAUGAAGCUAAGAUCCUCGCUGGAGCUGUGGCUGAUGACGUCCUCUUGAAACACUACGCCGCGGAGAGACUGGAGGAGACAGAAAAUGUCGAAUUUCCUCAAGUUGUACAAUCUAUCGACAAUGUCACUGAUACAGCAGCACCCAGUAAAUUCGAGUGUGAAUUAAUCACUCUGAUGGAAACUGUCCCAGGUCAUGUCGAUAUUUCAUCUUCGUCUGUGAGUUUUACAACAACGGAAAGACAGUGUGUGGACGAUGGUUCCUCCUGGGACUUCAAGAUUGCUCUCAGUCAACUGAGAGAACUACAUUUGAGAAAUUUCAAUCAUAGAAGAAGCGCUUUGGAGUUCUUCCUUGUUGAUCAAACAAACUACUUCAUCAACUUCACAAAAGAGACAAGAAACUUAGCGUACAGCGUAAUCAUGUCUUUCAAACCAAGCAAUCUUUAUUACGGCGCUGUCCGAUCUCCGGCCGAACUAUUGCAGACCUCGGGGCUCGUUAAGAAAUGGGUCAGGCGGGAGAUAUCGAAUUUUGAUUAUUUAAUUCAACUUAAUACGAUCGCUGGUCGAACGUACAACGAUUUAAGUCAGUACCCCGUGUUUCCAUGGAUACUAAAGGACUACACGUCAGCAGAGCUGGAUCUUAAUAACCCGGAUGUAUAUCGAGAUUUGUCCAAACCGAUUGGAGCCAUGAAUGAAAAAAGGGCUAAGGAAAUUAAAGAAAAGUACGAUAUGUUUGUUGAUCCGUCAGGUUCAAUUCCUAAAUUCCACUAUGGUACCCACUACUCAACUGCUGCUGGUGUCUUGCAUUAUCUUGUUCGUAUGGAACCAUUCACCUCGCUUCACAUCAAACUGCAGAGUGGUCGUUUUGACGUCUCUGACAGGCAGUUUCAUUCCUUCGUUGCGACAUGGGAAUCGAUCUAUAACAACGGAAGUGACGUGAAAGAAUUGAUCCCGGAGUUCUUCUAUCUCCCAGAAUUUCUUACGAACUUGAAUAAUUACGACCUUGGUAUCCUACACUCUGGUCAGCGGAUCCACGAUGUAGUGUUACCCAAGUGGGCAAACUCUCCGGAGGAUUUUGUUCACAAACAUCGCUCGGCCCUUGAGUCCGAUUAUGUUUCCGAGAACCUUCACCAUUGGAUUGAUCUGAUAUUUGGUUAUAAACAGCGCGGAAGUGCAGCCGAAGAAGCUCUCAAUGUUUUCUUCCAUUGCACUUAUGAAGGUGCUGUUGAUCUUGAUGCAAUCACGGACCCAAAGGAACGAGAGUACACUGAAGGAAUGAUUAAUAAUUUUGGACAAACUCCAACCCAGCUGCUCACUGAGCCACACCCGAAACGCAUGAACUGUGACGAAGCGAAGGAACUGCGCAUGCGGCAACACACCGCUGUACCUGGCAAUUUGAAGAGCAUCUUCAGCGACGCUGGACAGUUAAAAGCCCACGCUAUAAAGUUGUACAAUGAGGAGAGUUUGGUGUACGUUAAGAUUGGUCAAUCACAAACCACAUCAAUGAUAAACAUUAAUCACGAUGCUUUAAUCACGAUCAGUAAUCAAGGUGUGAUUGGUGAGCAUCAGUGGCUGCCUGCAUCUAGAUCCAAACCAUUCACAUUCAAUGUUGAUGCAACUGUCACGAAAUCUAUUCACCAUAGGUGCUUAGCUGCCCCGUUCUCUCCCAGUCUUGAGGUUGGCCCGCAUCAGUUUGCCGUUACCCACGAUGGAAAACUCGUGAUUACUGCUGGUCACUGGGAUUUCAGUAUACGUGUGUUCACAGCAAAGGCAAAACUUCUUCAACGUCUCAUUUAUCAUAAUGAUACCGUCUCGUGCAUCAACCUGGAUGGAGAUGGUCACCAUUUCAUCAGCGGAUCACGUGAUCUGACAUGCAUGGUAUGGUCAAUCAACCAUCAUUCUGGCACGGCUCAGACCGUCAGCAGUAAACCACUGCAAGUGCUGUAUGGUCAUGACAGUCAAGUUGUGUGCGUUGUUAUGAGUUGGGAACUUGAUAUAGCUGUCAGCGGGGACCAGGACGGUCGUUGUAUCAUCCACACCGUGAGGAAAGGCCAUUUUGUUCGCGUACUCGACCUCUCACCCACUCCUAACAUUGAGCCAAAAAACCUCGCUCUCUCCAAGUUUGGAGACAUCAUUUUCUCGACGUGGGAAGAGAACAAAGUGGCUCGUUUAUACAAGUUUUCUGUGAACGGUAAGAUGUUGAAAUGUAUUAAUGUCAAAGAUGAGGUGACUGCGUUGGUAGUGCGGGAUGAUUAUGUAUUACUGGGGACAGCAGCUGGAACUUUAUCCAUCAAAGGCCUCCAAAGCUUGGACAAUCAACGGAAUUUGGAUGUUCGAGUGAAAAUCUGCACAAUUACAAUGCAGAUUGAUGACGAUUCACAUAUCUUUCUUGGUGUUGAGGAUGGUCAGUUGCUUGUGUUUUCAGUCGAUUCGGUGGAGUGAGUACCCUUUGGUUCGGCUGUGAAACGAUUAAAAAUGAACCAUGGAAUGUUUUCGAGAAAACAACGAUAAAAUAUGAGGUCUUGUGUGUCCACGCUCAUCUAAUUAAACGACACGUUCUGUGUGUCAAAUGGCUGUUAAGUCAUGUAGAUAUAAUAUAAUAUAAUCGAGCCCUGGCUGAAUUUAGGAACUAUAAUAUGCAUAUCAAAAUAUUCAUUUACGUGUAUAUAGUGUCAGGACAUGUAAGUCGAAACAAAACUAGUUUAAAAUAGGUAGCGCCCGUUUUCACAUUUGAAAAAUAAUUGCAAUGCACAAAAUCCUACAAACGUUUCUAAAUAAGAUUACGAAAUUUGUA